UAUAAUUUUUUAACUCGUGAAGUACUAGUUUUUAAAGUUUAUAAACACAACCAAACAAAAUCCACAAUGCAGGCCAACAAUGGUUUUAUUAAGAGCACCAGUUUCAUACCCGUAAAAAUCUAUCAGUCGGUCAGUUCGCUAUAUAUGACCUGCAUAUCGAAGUUGCCACGGGACUCCAUUCAGCCGGAGUGUGAUCAGGGUUUGGUGAUCGAACAGGCCCUGGUUUCGUCCGUGGAUUCGACUCUUCGUCCUUUGGACUACCAGAAAAGGCAGCGAGAGGCGCGUAAGAUUCUUCUGAAAUCUCAGGAGAAUCUCCUUAAACAAAUGCACCACAGCCAGAUACUUACGGAUUCUGAGAGUAACCUCACAGAUGACGACGAAGAUGCGAAAUCCAGGGAGCCAGUGCGUCUCAAGUCGACUAUAUUGCUAAACGAAUACCGAAAACUGUACGAAGCGCCGAAACAAACUGAACUUAAUUAUAUCGUAUCUAUUGAGGAAAUUGUUCAAAAUUUAUGGCUUAUACUACGGCUCGUGAUUGUGGCUUGCAGUGUAUAUGCUUUGAUCCAUCAUGACUAUUUUCUAUCGAAGAUCGGCAAAACGUAUCUUUGAUUCGAAUUGUGGCGGCGAAUGCGGUGACCAAAACAAAAUCCAGUAAAUCGUAUAAAGACCGGGAAAAAUUGAGGAAAUUCCGCUUAUGUAAAGUAGAAUGAAUAUCCGCAGGCAGGCGAACGGAAGGCGAGGUGCGAAAACAAUAAAAAGCGGACGGAAGUGGACAGCGACGGAAACCGAACGAAUGCCACAUAAUAGAUGGAUAUACUGUAAUCCCAUAGACCAAUAGACCGGCUACCGGGCAUUUGGAUUCUUCUGUCCGUUGCCAAUUUGUCGAAAUGCUUUUUCCGCUUUUCCGGCCCGGCGCCGCAAUUGAAUUUCGUUUCGUAAAGGAAAUGACUUAACCAAAAAA